AUGAGUAUUGAUCCCUACCAAUGGCCCUUUCCGAAACGCACUGAUCUCAUGAAUUUGCAAACAAUCAGUAACCCAACUUAUUAUAACAAGUUCAUUAGAAAAUUCAAAGCAGAUUCUCACUCCCCGUGAAACAUCCUAUAAUCAUGACAUUGAAGGAUCAGUUGCCAAAAAAUGCAAUUACUAUCAUAAAGAAGAUUUUAUCAACAAAAACGACGACAUUGUAGGCGCAAGAUCCAAGUCGAAUAUACGUCCAUCCCACAGACCUGAUCUACAGUUAGCUUUAGAUGACAUCAAAGGCACAAGACCAAAUAUUGUUAAAUUCCAAACUUCACGUCAACCUCUUAAUCCUCUCGAACCUUAAUAUAAGCUCCCCACUUUCAUGGCCUCUCAACCAGAUCCACCCAAAUUUAUCAGAGAUGCCCAUAACAUUUAAGACAUCCAAGGAGCUCAACCAAAACAAACCCACAAAAAACUCAUAAUCAAAGAAUCAGAACACGAAGACAUCUAUGGAUCUCAUCAAAUCCCCAGAUUUCAGCCAAAAGGUACAGAUUACCCUUAUUUUCUCAUAGAUAAGAUUGACUCUCUCUAUGUUAAAGAUAUCAACGAUUAUUUAUUGCAUAAAACUACCAGGAUUUCCAAUCCUCUUGAACCUACAUACGAACAUUAUGAUGAAAAAGGGUAAGAGCUUAUUAUUAAUUCUAGAAAUAAAAUCAUUAUAGGAAAUAUUGAGGGCAGUCAAAGUAAACCACUCUAUCUGAAGGAACAAAGACAAAGUCUCCUGAUACAAGAUAUUGAUGGCACUCAACCUGGAUCUUUGUCAUCUCGAUUCCUAAGGACUGGGGACAGGAAAGAUUAUCGUGAAACUAACAGUCUUGCUGAUUUGUUAGCUGCAAAAUCAGGCUCAUUGAAAAAAGGAUUGCCUAAUGUUCGAUACACAAAUCCUUUGAAUCCUCAGUAUUAAAUCCCUGGACAAAAAGAAAUAUAUGGAUCCGUUUUCACUUAAACCGCCUAAACUCAUUUUACUAAAGCAGAACAAUUAGAUUAAUUCAUAAAGAAAAAAUGA